AAAGCAACUAAACAAGAUGAGCUCAACAAAUGCAACAUGUCAACCAGUGUUAAGUAUAGCUAUGCUGCAGCAUUAUACUAUUAUACCUUCAUUGCUGAUAAUCUUUGUACUUUAUGCUUACGAAUAUUAUAAAACUAGACAAGUUAAAGUUAUUGCUCCAUUUCUGUUUCUACUGGACAAUGAUAAGAAUCGCUUCAUGGUAAUACUUGCUUUUGCAUCAAUGAUUGGAGAUAUUGUGCAUCUUUUAAUGAACAGUUCCACUGUUCUUGUGUUUCUGCCUGGGGUUAUUGGGCAGGCUUUUUGUGGUACUAUUUAUAUUAUAGAGAUUGGACUGAUAAACUUUCCGUUAUUUGCUUGUAUUAAUUCUUCAUAUGUUGUCAUGGCGUAUGUUUUUGGUGCAUUGUUUACAUUGUGGAAAUUAAUUUUUGUGUUGUUACAGUCUUGUUAUUACUCCUGCUCCUUUAAUGUUACGGAACUUAUUUUGGUAAAUGUUAUGGAAAACUUACCCAGCAUUUUAAGCAUGUUGGCUCUUUUUGGAAUAUUUGUUAAAAAUUGUUACAUAAAUUUGAAGCAAGGAGUGUACUGCAGACCGUUACUGGAGCAUAAACUAGUGAACGACUAUCAAAUUACUUAUGUGAAGAAAGCGCUUAAUGUCCUUUCAAGAGACGUUGUAGAUUUUUAUAGCAGCAACUUCCUCAAAAGAUUGUACAGCAGAUACAGCAAGCCUUGGUUUAAGUUUUCUACUGUGUUUUUAUCAUCUAUCGUGGUUAUCGUGAUUGUGUAUUAUUAUCUGGCUGUUUUAUCCAUAUAUGGUUUCAGUAAAGCAAAUGGGAUUCUUCUUACUUCACUGGAGUCUAAUAUCAAUUCAACCGAAAACAUAUACCCAACACUUAAGAAAACAAUGGAAGGUUUUUACAUUUCAUUUUAUGUUUCCUUUGCUGUAACUGGAAUAGUGUAUGGUCUGCUACUGCUUCACUUUAUCUAUUCACACCGUGCAAAUGUGUUAACUCUGUAUGCUGGCAAAAAAACUGAUAUUUCCAAACUUGUUAACUAUCGAUUAAUGGUUUAUUACAAUUUAUUCUUUCCUGGUUAUUUGGUUGCAUACAUGACCUGGGGGAUGAUUGUUUUUUUCAUUGUAUUUUUCAUUUUGUUCUUCCUGAUAUAUGGAUUUAUUGUUUUGGCAGUUGAUUUUCCAUCUGUUCAAGAAGUUGCGGAAAAUCUUAUAAGGUACCUUGCAUCAUACUUGCUUAUGCCUUUGAUAAUUUAUCUCCUGCAAUUACUGCUGGCAUACAAAGUUUUCACUGUGAAGCCCUUAUCAACAAUUGCGAUCUAUGUAAGAAAUUUGAAAAUUUACCAUAUUGCCAUGUACUUUUUCUUUUUCUUCAAUAUCGUUAUUGGUGCUGUAUCAUGCUUAUCCAGAUCUUUCAAAGCAUUUUUGGUCAGCAUUUUGUUUCUUGGACGAAUUGACCAUACCGCAAUGAUUUCCAAGUUUUUCCAAAAAUUUGAUAGUGGUUUUUUAGCAUACAUUGGUUUCUUGCAUGUUCAAGCUUCAUAUAAAAACCCAAUUAUGAGAUAUUUUUGUCAAAUUUUAUUAAAUGAAUCUUGCAAGAGCGAUUCAACUAUUUUAGAAGACGGUUAUUGUUUGUUCACUGAUUCAAGAUGUAUUGUUCGCAGACAACACAUUGUUAACUCAGUUGCUUUUAAUCGAUGGUUUUUAGCAUACACCUUGAUAAACAAUCCAAGUUUGGUUAAGGAAAGAUUCAAGAUAGUGAAACCAAGGUUACCAACGAUAGUGUGUUGACAUAAUUUAUAUAUUUUUCAAUUAACUUUAAACUAUUAAAAUAAAUAUGUAAUGUUUUAUUCAAACAAUUUUGUAAAUAAUACAUAAAUGAAUGAAAUAUUGACUAAUCAUCAUAAUGCUCAAUCAUCAUAAAACAAACGGCUUGUUGAUUUCAUAUAAAGGAGCUUAAAAAGUUAUAUAAAUCUUUUUAUUAUUUUAAAUUUUUGUUGUUGUUUUCCCAGAUAUAAGUCUUUACAGUUUAAAUACUUAUGCAGAAUUUAGAUACUCAGAAAGAAUUGCUUGUAUAAAUGAUAAUCAGGGUAAAUAAGUAAUACCAUAAUGCUUCCAACCUUAAACCUAAGAUUUAGGAAAAAAGUGAUUAAGUAAGUAUACUUUCACUAUUGCCUAUGAGGAAGGGGCGUCUAUUCGAUGGGGGCGUUUAUUUAAAAAAUGACUGAAAAGGAGGGGCGUCUAUUCGAUGGGGGUGUUUCAUAGAAGGGGGCGUUUAUUCGAAACAUUACUGAGAAUAAUAAACUGGAUAGGUUAAAACAUAUUUACAUCAUCAUAUACCUUGUUAAACCCCUAAAACAGUGCUUUAUUUAUUUUAACACACAGUGGCAUACAUUAAUUAGUAGGUUUAUCAAAGCUUGUUAUGAAGAUUAAAAACAAAACAAAUCAUACACAUCUUUUCCAGCUCUUAAUCAUAUGUUACAUCUGAAAAAAUAUAUUUUUAUGUAUAAGGCAGGGUAUAUAAAUCUUAACAUAUGUCUUUAUUUUAUUUUUAAUUUUCCUGAUUAAUUUAUUUUUUAUGAGUGUUUGUACAGGGUUACCACGCCUCCUCAUAACUCCUCACAUCUCAAAUGUCCUCAAUUAUUUUUUAAAUUUAGGUUUUCUUCUCAAAUCUCCUCAAAAAAAUAUGACAUUUGGUUAUUUUGUAUGCUGUUUUUAUAUUAUUUAUGUUGAAUCACAACAAUUUAUGGUAUGCCUGCAAACAUUACUUUUUUUGUUGUGUUUGUAUUUGAAGGAAGAGUUCUUAGUUAUCUUUUGUAAAUAAUAUUAAGAUCUUUGUGUUAACAAUUAUUAAAGUGUAAAUAUGUCACCUCCGCCAUGUUGUUUUGACAAUAUGUCAAUGUUUACAUAUAAACUGAUCAGAUGAAAUGUAAAAGAUGUGAUUAUUUUUGUAUUGUAUAUAUAUCUUUCCAAAAUUUUCUUUUUUACAUUUUUUCUAAAUUUUUGUAUUUUUAAAGAAAGGCAAAAAAUUUAUUGUUUGUUGUUAUUUAUUGCUAAUUUGUCCUUUAUAAUUGUCUGUGAUGUGUGCCCAAAAAAUAAAUAAAUACUUUUUUCUUAAUUCAGUAUUUACUUAUUUAUUUAGAGAAUAAUAGACAUCAAAAACAUUUUGACAACAAAUUUUUACAAACACAAAUGCAAAUUUUUGUUUUUGAAAAGAUUUACUGUGGCAAAUAAUUGCUGAACAAAUAAACUAAGUCACCCACUGUGAUAUUUCCAUAGUUUUGUAACAUUUAUUUUUACCAAACAAAGAACAACGUAUUUUAAUCUUGAAAACCAACGCAUGACACAAAAACCUUCUUCACUUAUAAUUAUGCAUAUACCUUGUUGUGUAUUUUUAUGCCAUUUACUUCCUCACACUUUAUUUUUUUUCCAGUAUAAAUAAUGAGAAAUUAAGGCAUGAGAUACAUUUUUAAUUUUAUUUUCAUUCCACUAAAUGGUUUAUUGUACCCAUAUUUUAGACUUGCUUUGUGUCAAAAUAAAAUUAUUAAUAUACUUUGACUUAUUUAAAAUAAAAAUUGCCUUUAAAAUCUAGUUAAGUUUGAGUACUGGUUUUAAAUAUAUAACAAUAUUAUAGAGAGAAAAUUAAAUUUAACACGCAUAAUGGCAAGCAGACCUUCAUUCAAGUUUCCAAUCUAUUUCUUACCAGAUAUUUUCCACAGAGUUCUUCCAUUCCAUAUGGCGAAAGGUAAUAAUGCUAUUAUUAAAUAUUACCUAACUGAUACAAAAAAAUUAAUUCGUUUGUGCCUUAUUAUAACAGGGUUUUUUAUGGACUCAUACUAACUGGUUUGGAAAGCCAUUAUUUAAAUAGUGUGACAAAACUGAAUUCCAUUCAAUUUUGAACUAUCCUGAAAUACAAAAGCAUGCGAGCAAUGAGGGGCAUUGUUAAUAAUUGUGAUUGUGUUAUUGAAAUACGAGAUGCUAGAGUUCCAUUUUCCAGCACCAAUCCACAAUUUGAGGAUUUGUAUGCAAAUAAACCCAGAAUAAUACUAAUGAACAAAAUAGAUAUUGCUGAUGAAAAGAAGACAAAGGUUUGUGUACGCAUAUUUUUAAAUAUUAAUAAAUCCAAUAUGAAAGGGUGCAAGGGAAAGUAGCUGUUGAAAUCACUGUGAUAUGUUUUUGAUUAAAAAACUGCACUGAUGUGUGAAAAACAUUGAAACAAAACUGGAUUAUCAAAACUAGUUCAUAAGCUAAAUUAAUUGGUUUGUGCGCCUCACUGUACCAAAGUCAUUUACAUCUUUGCAUAUUAUGUCAAGUGGAAAAGGUAUCAGUUGUUUUUUCACAUUCAAAAGGCCUACUAAAUAAACUUACAGAGCUCAUCAAAAAUACAGACACAGAAACAAAUUUGAUUUAAAAAUCUCUGUUAUAAUGCCUGUAUAC